AUGGUGCGUGGCCAGCUUGGGAGGCUGCCGCCGCUGUCAGAGGCGGCCGCCACUGUGAGGUCUCGAGGGCCGACCGGCCGGGCGAGCAUCCGCGCUGCCGACGACGUGCUCGAGGCUGACCUUCAGAGCGACGAGAUUCUCGCAUGCUUUGAGGAGGCGCUCGGCGAACGGCAGCCAGAGAUGGGAACGGAUGCUGCAGCAGGGCGAGAGGCGAACGCCGAGAGUGCGGAGGCCGCACCGCGACUCGAGGCUGCAGCAGAGCAGCAGCGGGAACAUUCCUUGCUUGCACCGACCGCGGGGCGCGGCGUUGAGCCGGUGCUGCCAGACCCGGUGCCUAUGCUGCAUACGAAUUCCGGUGGAGGGCGCAGAUCGUGCGAGCCAGAUGCCGGCGCCCGUCAGCAGAUCGGGUCGGCAGCUGCGAGCAUUCUCGAGCGGCGCGGCGAGGCGGCGCGAGCGAAGGUGCUAGAUAAGGUGCGUGAUGCGGGGCGAGCAGAUGGGGACCCGGCCGCCCCAGAGGAGGAGGAUGGCGAGUACGACCCCGAAAAGCCAAGAGGGGGGUAG